AUGAACAAUACAAUGAACAAUACUUGCGAUAUCUCUACAUUCCCCUAUCCACACCUACCCGGCGCAUCAUUCCUCCAUGGAACAGCGGUACCCGUAGUAAACUACACAACCACCACUACUCAAAUCGACUCGCAUUUCGCCACAAACAUCACUUCACUUGACUUUUGUAAUAUAACACUUACAUAUACACAUCCGGGUCAAAACGACAGCAUCAACGUAAAAAUAUACCUACCCUCUUUCUCAACCUGGAACGGACGAUUUAUGGGAACAGGCGGCGGGGGAUUUGUCGCCGGAGGUUUAGACCCCUCUAUUGUCAUUGCCGUAUCCGAAGGAUAUGCCGCCGCUACCACAGAUGGCGGGCAUAGUGAUGACCUAAGCAUGGAUUCCUCUGUAAUCUCUGACUGGGCUCUUAUAUCCCCCGGAAACAUAAAUCUGUAUCUCCUCCAAGAUCUCGCUUCCGUAUCCUUGAAUGAUAUGGCGAUCGUUGGAAAAGCCAUCACCGCUUCGUAUUAUGGAAAGGAACCGGAUUAUUCAUAUUGGAAUGGAUGUUCGCAAGGAGGAAGACAGGGUAUGAUGAUGGCGCAGAGAUAUCCUGAGGCAUAUAAUGGUAUAUUGGCUGCGGCGCCUGCAAUCAAUUGGUCUCAGUUUCUGGUGGCGGAUUAUUGGCCUUCGUUUGUUAUGUACAUGUUGGGUAUAUAUCCGAGUAUGUGCGAACUGGACGGGAUUACUGCUGCGGCAAUCGCGGCUUGUGAUGGGCUGGAUGGAGUUAUAGAUGGGAUAAUGAGUGCGCCGGGUCUAUGCACUUUUCAAGCAAACGAAACGGUUGGAAGGAACGUGACUUGUGCAGAUGAAAGCUCUGUGUAUAUUUCCGACGGAGCUGCGAUAAUUGCGCAAGCGGCGUGGGAUGGCCCGACGUCAGAUGAUGGGUCGUUCCUCUGGUAUGGUUUGAAUCCUUCCAGUCCGCUCAGUAUUCCGUUCAGUAUCGGUAUCGCUAUGACAACUUGUACAUCGCCCAAUACCAAUUGUACAGCGACUCCCUAUCCUCUCGCUUUGGAUUGGAUUACUCUGUUCGUUCUCAAAAACGCUAGUUUUCCCCUGGAAAAUAUGACGCGCAAGGAAUACACCCGCAUAUUCCAUUCCUCAAUCCAGGAAUUCGCAUCGAUAAUCGGAACUUCCGACACGGAUCUAAGCGCAUACAAAGAAACAGGGGGAAAAAUCAUCAGUUGGCAUGGAUUAGCAGAUUUUCUAAUCUCCCCAAAUGGUACGUUAGACUAUUAUAGCAAAGUACAGGAAAGAGAUGCGAAUGUGAGGGAUUUUUAUAGAUUCUUUGAGGCGCCGGGCGUACAGCAUUGUGGGGAUGGAAAUGGACCGUUUCCGGAGGCUGCAUUGGGAGCUUUGGUAUCGUGGGUAGAGAAGGGGAUUGCACCAAAUGUUUUGGCGGCGAAAAGCUUGCCGGGAGUGGAUGGGAGUGUGGUGGAGAGAAAUUUGUGCGUUUGGCCGUUGGUGGCAGCUUAUUUGGGAGGGGAUCCUAUGGUUGCGAGUAGAGACGUUGAAGGAAAGGAAACGCACUUCACAAACCUCAAUCAUCAACAAUUGGAAAGAAAUGAAGAAUCGAUCAAUCAUUGGGCACUUGCCGGUGUAUACGAGCUUGCUACACUGAACAAUUGGCCACAGAGAGCCUGUACGGCUGUGCCAGAACUUCCAUCGGAGACCUGGCAUCUACUUGAUGUAUAUUUUUCUUAUACUCAUUGCUGGCUACCCAUUGUAGAGAAGCACGAUUUACUACGAAUUUCGUAUCAAUAUUCUCAAAUAAGAGAUAGUGGAACGGAGGGUUUCAGUGGUGACCAUGCACUUUUAUGGGCUGCAAUAGCUUAUGCUAAGUUUCAACAUAGAGCAAUAAACAACAUACCUCAUGCUGUGGGGCUGGUAUCGCAAGAUGUCUGGACGGCCGAAAGAAUGUAUACACACGCAAGAGCUCUUAUCCCGAACGAAGAAGGAAACCUAGAUCUUGGCCAUGUGCAGGCUUUACUAAUAUUGACUCUUACAAAUCUUGGCCUGGGGCAUUUUAACAGGGCUUGGAUUCUUGUUGGACAAGCUGUCAGAAUUGCCAUCGAGCUUGGUCUUGAGAAAUCCUCAGCCGAGGACCUAAAGUCCUCGAAGCAUAGCUGCUGCUACAACGAAACUCAACAUACGAAUACCACGCAGGGAUUAAGAGCUUUGAAUGGUGGUGUUGCGCAGGCGCUCGAUACCAUGACUGUACCGCUUUGCAUGGCUUUUUCCUUUCCCUCCAAAGUCGACGACUCGAAAUGCAAUCUUGGGUGCAAAGGAAACGAGAGCCAGAUAUGUGGGGGCUCGUGGACGAUCUCGAUGUAUCAAAGGGAUGGGAGUGAGAAGGGGGGUGCGGCGGGUGUGGGUGUGGGGAGAGGGGGGUUGGGUGGGAAAAAGGCGAUGCUGGCGUUGGGGGUGGCGUUUGGUGCGUUGUUGGUUUUGUGUUGA